AUGCAAAUUAUGGAGGACAACCAUCCAAGUGAUAACUGCACAGCAGAGAAUCUACCACUGUACAAAUUUUACGCCUCUGUGAUCAUCAUGGAAUUCACCCUGGCUCUGCCGCUCAACCUCUCAGUGCUUUAUCUAUUCAUCUUCAAGCUGAAGUUCUGGAAAUCUAAAACCAACAACAUUUUCCUGUUCAAUCUCGUCUUGGCUGACGUUCUUCUGAUUAUAUGUUUGUCAGUAAAGGCGUAUCAUUUUCUUAACGGGAAUCGGCGGAGUACAGAGGGAGGGACCUGCAAAGCCAUGCUCUUCAUGCUGUUUCUGAACCGAGGUGCCAGUAUCGCCUUCCUGACUGUGAUUUCAGUUGAUCGCUACUUCAAUGUGGUUCAUCCUGGGGGAAAUAACUGUGCCAAGGCUUUAAAAAGGUCUCCUCAUAUCUCUUUCCUCAUCUGGCUACUGCUGCUCCCCCUGACUAUCCCCACCAUGCUGAAGUCCUUUGAGUGCUGUAAUAGUUAUGGGCGUGAAGAUGACACUCUAGUCGAGGAUGUCACUGACACUCUGAGAGAGGUUGUGUUUUUCACCCAGAUUCUCAUCCCUUUCUUUGUGUUGGUCUACUGCACGGUCCGCAUUGUUAACAGACUAAAAAAGAAGACCGUAGGGGAUAGUACCAAGCUGCGUCGAGCAGUGUUUCUGGUCACCUCAGUAAUGCUGGUCUUUUCUUUCUGUUUCUUGCCUUGUACCAUAGCUAGAAUGGUUCUGUUAAUUUUCAGAAUCAAGGAUCUACAGAAUGCUGAGAAUAUAGCUGUUCAGCUCUAUGAUGGACUCAUGGUUUUAUCCUACAUGGAUUGUUUAGUGGACCCAAUUGUGUACUGCUUAAGCAGCACUAAGUUCAAAAGCCUCUACCUGACAACUUAUUGCCCCAGUCUACUGAGCAAAGAUGCAGAAUCAGCUGAAAGCCCUAACUUGACAGGAAACAACUUAAAUCGAAAAUGCAAAAACAAUGCAUUGUGCACUGUAAAGGGGUUACCCUGA